AUUCUGCACAGACAGCCGAGCUGAACGCAUCAUGUCUACGAGACGCAGUGUAAAGAAAAACACCUCAACACUGGAAUGAUCCGACCCGGUUAUCCUCUGCUGGACCUGGAUCAGGACCUGCGCUAAAAAAAACCACCUCAUCCAUCAGCUCUGCGGUGAUUUGAGCGGAGGAUCCUCUUCUGCAGCUCCAGUCUCUCCUCUUCCUGCAGACCCCCCGGUGUGCACAGCCCUCUCAUCACACGGAGAAAAACCUUUUUACACUGAAAAAACCCCACCAAACCGGUUCUGUGGGGCAGCAGUGGGCGCUUAUAUAGAAGCAGGGACGUAAAGAAGAGAAUGGAGGCCCUGCUGCCUUUGCUGAAGAGCCACCCGGGCCCCUCGGUUCUGGUCUGCUCUCUGCUUUUCAGGGUGGCCCACCAGCUGCUGCAGAGGCUGCCCGUCCCUAAGGUGGUGCAGCAGGACGCCUUCCGUUCCUGGAAGUGGAAGAACCUGUCAGUGUCCAUGGUGCACUCCCUGCUCACUGGGACAUGGGCCCUGACCUGUGUGGUGAUCUGGCCUGAGACGCUUAGCAACAUCCAUAAGUUUCACACCCCUUUGUCCUACGUGCUCAUCUGCGUCUCCACAGGAUACUUUGUGCAGGAUGCAGGUGAUAUUAUUCUGACAGGACACGCCAGAGGAUCAUGGGAGUUUUUGCUCCAUCAUGCAAUGGUGAUUUGGUGCUUCCUGUACGCCCUCUACACCGAGCUCUACAUCGCCGGCGCUUUGAUUGCCCUCUUCGUGGAGGUCAACAGCGUCACCCUCCACUUACGGCUGAUGCUGAAGCUGGCUGGAGCCCAGUCUUCCUCCAUGUAUCACAUCAACAAAUUUGCCAACCUCUUCACUUACGUCAUUUUUCGUCUUAGCACCCAGUUCUACCUCACCUGGUACAUCAUUCAAAACUACUCCUGGCUGGAUCACGGUGGUUGCUUCCUUGUCACCAUGAUGGUAAUGAAUAUCAUGAUUGUGAUUUAUUUCUACCGCCUGCUCCGUGCGGACUUCUUCCCUCGAAGCAAGAGCUACGUGGGGCAGAACGGCACUCACAACAACAACUCCAAGAAGUUUCUUAGUGACUGAUAUGGAGAGGUUUACAGGACUGCAAUAUGCUUUUAUUUAAGACAAAAUUUCCGGAUUUUGGUGCAUUUUCAUAUUUACAAUUGUUGUGACAAAAGAAUCACUGCCAAAGGAUUAGAUCCCAAAACAAUUAGAGAACCAACACGCAGGUGCUGCUUGCUAAAGUAACAGUAAAGCAGGAACAUUUUUAUGAGAUUUAUCAUUAGUUUAAAGUAAAAGUGACAAACCCUUAAGAUUAAUACAGUCUUAAGAGGAGAUCUUUGAUAUAUUGCAAAAAAUUUGAUCAGUAUCUAUUUUAAUCACUUUUCAACUAAAGGUUAAAAGGUACAUUUGUCAGGAUUGAUGCUUCAGGCUAACGCAAACCAAUCUUAUGGACUUGUCCAUAUGGAGCAUACUACAGUAGCUGACAAACAUGCUGCAGACA